AUGUUCGCCGACAGGCUCAAGCACAGCGACGGCGAGCGCUGCUACGAGCGCCAUGCCGCCUACCAGAUGCGUUGGGAUCUCGACGCCCUCGGCAUCCCCGACGGAGGCCUCAGCAGCCUCCUCUCCGCAGCGGCGCCGAACGGUGGUCCACUCGCACUGCUCGGCGCCGGCGCUGGCGAUCCCGACAGCGGCGUCGCCGCGCCGCAGCUCCGCGUCUACAGUGCCUCGGGCGAGAUGAUCCGCGGCUGGCCGUGGCUGCAUGGCCGGUGCGUCGGGCUCGGCUGGAGCGGGAGGCAUGAGCUCGUUGCCGUCCUCGAGUCUGGGCACGCGCUCGUCUGGUCGAUGCACGGCGCGCGGCUGGCCGAGUUUGGGCUGGGCGCGGCGUGCGAGGCGCACGGCCUGCUCAGCGCCGAGGUCCUCCCCGACGCCCUCUUGCUCCUCGGCAAGGACUGCCGCUGCUACGCGCUGCACGCGUUGGGCAGCGAGGCCGAGCGGAGGCUCGUGCCGCUCGCCGACCCGCGGCUUGCGGCGCCGGGCGGCGUCCCGCGGGCCCUCGUCGCAACGAGUACUCGCACCAUCCUCCUGCUGGACGAGCGGGAGGUGCAGGAGGACCGGCUCCUCUCGGCCACAGAGCAGCUCGUCGCCGCCUACAGCUCUUCCACCAACGCCCUCCACGUCUUCUCCUCCGACCUCGAGGCCCUCCACGUCUUCUCCUCCGACCUCGAGGCCCUCCACGUCUUCUCCUCCGACCUCGCCCGAAACUUGUCCGAGUUCCAGACGCACGCGCCGCGCCCCCCGACGGCGGGGCGCCUGGGUGUCGUCUGGUGCGGCAGCGACGCGCUGCUGCUGCGGUCGGGCGGCCGGUGGGGCGGCCGGGUGGUGAUGGUUGGGCCGUAUGGAGACUGCAUCCAGUACGAGUACGCCGAGCCGCCGCUCCUCUUCCCGGAGCAGGCACAAUCUCCCCGAGCGCGCCUCCUCGCCGCGUCGGCGGCGUUCGAGGCUCGGUCCGCCGUCGCCGCAGAGCUGCUGCGCGGCCUGUCGCAGACCGAGCUGCGCGAGGGCGCGGCGGAGCACGAGAUGAGCGCAGGGCGGCAGCUCUCUCUCCUCCGCGCCGCCGCCUACGGCAAGCCAUACAUCCGCCACGCCGGAGCCGCGCCCAGCGGCGGCGGCGGCGAGGGCGGCGAGGGUGGCGAGGGCGGAGAGGGAGAGGGCGGCGGCGGCGGCGCGGCCGCGUCCCUCUCGGACGAGGCGCUGCUCGCUGCGCUGGCGCCAAAGCUGGACGCGACGGCGGGGGCGUCGCACGCGAGACUGGCGGCCGAGGCGCUCGCGGUCGGUCGGCGGGGGCUGGCGGCGAGGCUGCUCGAGAAGGAGGAGGACGCGACGCGACGCGUGCCGCUGCUGCUGCAGAUGGGGGAGGAGCGGCUUGCGCUGACAAGUGCGGUGGCGCACGGCGAUGCGGAGCUCAUCUACCUGCUGCUGCUGCACCUCAAGGCGAGGCUGCCGUCCGCGCUCUUCUUCGAGCUGUUGCAGCCCCACCCGGCGGCGCAGCGGCUGCUCAUCCACUUUUGCCGGCAGCAAGACACAAAGACGCUUCGCGAGUUUCUGUACCACGCCGACCAGCCCCUCGAGGCGCCGUACGCAGAGAGGCUACGCUUGGAGCUGCGCGUGCCGGAGCGGCGCUGGUGGCGGAUCAAGGUGCGCGGGCUCGCCCAGCUGCGCGAUUGGCCCGCCCUCUGGCUCUUCUACAACUCGGCGCGCCGGCCGCCGCUCAGCGCCGCCGCCUUUGCCGAAGCGGCCAUCGCAAACGGCGCGCCGGCGGAGGCCGCGCGCUACGCGCCUCGGAUGCCGCCCGCCGAGGCGGUGCCGCUCCUCCUGCAGUGCGGCGAGGCGAGCGCCGCGCGCGCGAUCGCGCUGGCAAACAAGGACAAGAACCCCGAGCUGCUGAGGCGGGUCUCCGCACACCUCGGGGCGGCGCCUUGA